AUGUCUGACGAUGAGGCAGAAGAAAUUGAGGAAGAGGAGGGUGUUUAUUUAGGAGAAUACGAAGGGGGAAGAAAUGAGCGUGAUGAACGUCACGGCUACGGGAAAGCCACAUUACCAAACGGAGAUACCUAUGAAGGAAUGUAUCAAAAUGGAAAGCGAAGUGGAGCCGGACUAUACCGGUUUAAAAAUGGUGCUCGCUAUGACGGAAUGUAUGAAGAUAACAAACGGCAUGGUCAAGGGAUUUUCUAUUACCCCGAUGGUACCGUUUAUGAAGGAAACUGGAGUGGGGGUCUAAGAUAUGGUCAGGGGAAAUAUACAUAUAUCAACGGAGAUACAUAUGAAGGUGAGUGGAGGGAACAUCUGAGGCACGGGAGAGGUACAUAUACUUUUGCGGCAACAAAACUGCAGUAUAUUGGAAACUGGAAGGCAGGAAAAAUGGAUGGACAUGGAGAGCUGUUGCACCCUCACCAUCGUUUUAUCGGGUUCUGGAAGGAUGGGAUGGUUAUUGGAAAAGGAAGAUAUGUUUUCUCUAAUUCAGGCUGUCAACAGAUUGGUGAAUACUUAGCCACUCCGGCUAUGACUGAUGAGAAAUUGCCCGAUGAUGAAGAUAGUAAGGUAAUUCCACGCUGGAAGGCAACAUUAAUCGAACCACUUCUUGAAGAAGCGAAAGUCCCAGAAGUUACUCCAGGACCCGUGGAAGAAAAAGAAGGUCUAAAGGUAAAUGUUACUGAAGAGGACAGAAGUGAAACAAUGACAAAAGUUGAUAGCCAUGAUGAUGACAGGACAUUGAAAGAAAUACAGUCAGAAGAUAUCGACCAAAAGGAGGUUGAAGUAAAUCACCAAGAUCUUGACAGUGAUAAUAAUAUGAAUGCCAGCAAUAAUAACAAUAAUAAUAAUGAUGACGAAGAAAACUCUGAGGCAAUAAACCCUGAUGGUAACACAGAAGAAGAAGAAGAUGAAGGUGAAAAAGAUAUUGAAGCUUAG